AUGGCGGCGAAUAAAGAGAAACCAAUUCAACACAUGGUGAUUGACACAUGCGCAAUUAUUGCUAAUCGUGGUCUUCAUACAUUGGCUGAUCAGUACUAUGCUCCACCUCAAAUAUUGGAUGAGUUGCGUUCCUCGGAAGCUCGCAGAAUCUGGGGAACUCUUCCUUUCGAAGUGAUUCUUCGUGAGCCAACACAAAAUGCGCUGAGAGCUGUUAUCGAUGCUUCGAAGACCACCGGUGACUUCCAAUCACUUUCGAUGGUUGAUAUCAAAAUGAUCGCGUUGACAUAUGACCUGCAUAGACAAUUUGUGGCUGAAAAGGAGAUCGCAACGACUACAGAAGAGGAGGAAAAGAAGAUUAUUGAAGAUUUGAGUGAGAAAGUAGAAAAGAUUGAGAUCGAUAAUGAAAAGACAGAGGAGGAACAAAAAGCUGUGGAGAAAAAAGUAGAAAGCGAUGAUUCAGCUAUCGAAGAAGUUGAAGGGUCUGAAGCUUCUGAAAAUGAGAAUACAGAGACAGAAAGCGAUGCCGAUGACGAUGAAUCUGGAUGGAUCACUCAAGACAACAUCGAAGAGACAUUGAAAAAAUUAGGAGCAUUCGAAAUCGAAGAGAAUAUGGUUCUUGGAUGUCUCACCACAGAUUUCGCCCUUCAAAACGUCUUGCUUGCCAUGAAUCUCAGUCUCGUCUCGUUAUCCGGAUACAGAAUUCGUAAACUCAAAUCGUUUGUGCUUCGAUGCAGAACUUGCUUCACAACGACGAGUGUCAUGACGAAAGAGUUUUGCCCGUCGUGUGGACACAAAACUUUGCAUAAAUGCGCCGUAUCAGUAGACGAAGACGGAAAACAGCAAUUGCAUAUCAACUGGAAUCGUAUGUCCAAUAGACGUGGACUCGUCUACACUCUUGCGAAUCCAAAGGGAGGAAAGCACGCCAUCAAUGAGCGUCUUUUCGAAGAUCAACCGAUGCCACAUAUGCGAAUGGCCAAAGUUCAUUUGGACCCGCUAGCCGAUGGCCCGUUUUCUGUUCAUGAUGUCAAUUCCAGAUCGGCCAUGCUCGGAGUCCGAACAAUCAAUAAUCGUGCCAAGCAGAGCCGCAACCGAAACGAGGCGAAGCGUGGUGGCAGAAGGAAAUAA